AUGAGGGAAACAGUGAGCACAUUGACUAACUUGCCAACAAACAUAAAAGGAGAAGAAGACGCGGAAACGGAAGUUGCCAGAGACUUAAGUUGUCAUGGCGCUUCAUAUAAUUUAACAAUACAAACUCUUUGUUCGCUGUGUUUUUAAAGCAAUAUUCAGAUCGUUGUGGUUAAGCUGGCUCGACCACGAAGAGUAAAAUGAGCACUCAAUACAGCAUCCUUUUUAAACAAGAGCACGCACAUGACGAUGCAAUCUGGACAGCGGCCUGGGGUAAAAGUGAGGCGGACGGCUCAGAAACAAUCGUCACUGGCUCCCUGGACGAUAUGGUCAAAGUGUGGAAAUGGUCUGAUGAGAAGCUUGAGCUGCAGUGGACGUUGGAGGGCCACCAGCUGGGCGUCGUGUCUGUGGACAUCAGCCACAACGGAGCCAUCGCCGCCUCCAGCUCACUUGAUGCACAUAUCCGCCUCUGGGACCUGGAGUCCGGGAAACAGAUCAAGUCCAUGGACGCCGGACCAGUGGAUGCCUGGACGGUGGCCUUCUCGCCCGACUCAAAGUACAUCGCAACUGGAAACCACCUGGGCAAGGUCAACAUCUUUGGCGUGGAAAGCGGCAAGAAGGAAUACUCUCUGGACACUCGGGGGAAAUUUAUCCUGAGUAUCGCUUAUAGUCCCGAUGGUAAAUAUUUGGCCAGCGGGGCUAUUGAUGGCAUCAUCAACAUCUUUGACAUCGCCACCGGAAAGCUUCUCCACACGCUGGAAGGGCACGCCAUGCCCAUCCGCUCCCUCACCUUCUCUCCCGACUCCCAACUGCUUGUCACGGCGUCCGACGAUGGUUACAUCAAGAUUUACGAUGUGCAACACGCCAACCUGGCGGGCACGCUAAGUGGACACGGUUCCUGGGUGCUUAAUGUGGCCUUCUCCCCGGACAACAUACACUUUGUCUCCAGCUCAUCAGACAAGAGUGUCAAAGUUUGGGACGCCAGCUCCAGAGCGUCUGGCUCCGGGGCGUGCAUCAACACCUUCUUUGACCACCAAGACCAGGUGUGGAGCGUCAAGUACAACAGCAACGGCUCCAAGAUCAUCUCGGUCAGCGACGACCGCGCCAUCCAUAUUUACGACUGCCCCAUGUGAGGCGACGCAUCCCCGACCGAGUCAUUUUGUAUGAAUGGUUUUGUACUGGCUCGUGACAGAACAAUAUCUACAGUAGAUUUAUAUUUUCAUGAAUUCUGGCUGCCGUUGAUUUUCAUUCCCUCAUCACCGAAAUGAAGUAAAUUGGUACAAACUUUUCAGGCAGCACGGUUCUCGAGUGUCAUGUUUCCCAACUUCUUUAGAGCCACUGACUGAACUGAACUGACCAAAAAAAAAAAAAAAAUACAAUUUUUAGUUAUUGUAAUUAGUGCGUACAUCUCUGCUGUGGUUUCUUUACAAAUUGGUUCCAUCUUGGGGUAAUGGGAGACAUAAUGACAACUCAAGUGUUAUUACUCAUGUCAGUAUGUCAUAAUUUUGUAUUGGCUGCUGUCAAUGAUGUACCUUCUUACUUAUAAGUUGGAAAUUUAGUUUCCUUUACAUUUUCACAUUAAAAUUCCAUUGUUGUUUCAAAUCCAA